AACCAUAAGUAGUCGAUCGAGUGAGGCUCUCUAGGCCAAGCGCAGCGUUCCGUUCCGCGACCGUACACCACCGGGCAGUCAUGGAGCGAAGCUGGAUGAAGACGCUCGCGAUCGGUCUGCUCUGCUGUUUACUGAUCGUGUGCACGGAUGGCGCAGAUCAGUCCGUCACCGUGGAUGACAUUAUACGGUCCGUUACGGCAGUUCGUGCGCAGAUUGGAAUGGCACUAAAGGACCGGAUUGCACAACAAACUGCCGGGAACCGGAUUGCACCGGUGAGACCACCGAACACGGCUAGCGGACGUGUUCCUGGCCUGACAAUCCUGUUCCGUGGUGUGCCGAACAGAAAUCGAACGACAACAAACAAGUUCAACGGUUAUCUGCCACCUCUGGAAGUUAGCACGUUGGGAACAACCACGAUAACACCAAGCAGCAGCACCGGAAUGGUCAGUUCUGAGGGAUUCUCCACCUCAACCAGGCCACCAGUGGAUCCGGAGGAGAGCCCUGAUCCAACGAGUGCUCUGCGUGCCAAUCCUCUUGGCUUCAUAUUCCCGUCUCAGCAGCAGUUGGACCACUUUAACAGUCAGUUUGCGAGACCUUGGACAGGAGAUGGAGGUGCGCUGAAAUCAGGGCAAUCCACCACGACUCCUCGUGUGGUUGAUUUCGUGUUUCCAACGGAUGAUACGGAUGAUGUGGCUGGGCCACCGGUAACCAGGCGUCCUAGCAUUGCCACUGGCGUAACAGAGCCCUCAGAUACUGUACGGAUAGGCACAAGCUCGACGAGUUCACCGGAACCACACAUCCCGGAAGUUGCAACUGAAGGCAUCAUCUCCGGAAGCUCGCUGGGAACAACGGAAGAUACUGUCGAGGAGGAAACAACGGAGCCCGAAGGACUUGGCAACCGAAUCGAUCAGAAAGUUCUACUUUCUCUCGUGGGAUAGCCGUGGCACCUCCGGUCAUCUUAGAGUCUAAUCUUAUUGAAGGAAAUACAAUAACUGGAAAGCUUA